AUGGCUUCUCUGUAUGGUAGAAUUGUAGCUUCUUCUGCGAGAAGACAUGUUCUAUCUACCAGCUAUAGAUUCGCUUCAACAAAAGUAACUUUGGCGGAUCCCCUUGAGCAUGCAACUGGUCUAGAGAAGCGCGAGUUGCUUGCCAAAGUAGCUGGAAAUGAUAAUCCCUUCGACGCCAAAGUGAUCAAGCGAGGCGCGGGCACCAGGGCUGCUCCCAAUGAGAUCCCAUCAGCUUUUGAUGCUCGCCUGGUAGGUUGUGUCUGUGAAGAAGAAUCCACUAGUAUUACCUGGAUGUGGCUGCACAAGGGAGAGCCCAAGAGGUGCGAAUGUGGACACUGGUUCAACCUAGUUCACAAAGCUCCAGUAUAA